GGGGAGUGCUGUCCUACAGAAGAUUAGACCUGGAAGAAGAUGGCUUUGUUUUACUUGUGGAUCUUGCUCCUUUGCCUGCAAACUUGGCCAGAAGCAGCUGGAAGAGACACGGAUGUGCACAUGGUGAAUGGGAUUCUUGAAGAAUCAGUUACUUUCCCCUUAAAUAUCCAAGAAUUGCAGCAAUUGACGAGCAUUGUUUGGGCUUCUAAAACAUCUGUUGCUUUCAUAAAACCAGAAGGCUCAGGAAAAACACUUAUGGUUACAGUGACCAAAAAUUAUUAUAACCGAAUAGAAGUCAUAGCUCAGAACUAUGACCUGGUUAUUAAUGAUCUGAAGAUGGAAGAUGCAGGAGAGUACAAAGCAGACAUAAGCACAGAGAAAGACACCACCACCCGGCUCUACCACCUGCAAGUAUACCGUCGGCUUGGGAAACCAAAAAUUACACAGAGUUUAAUGACAUCUAUAAAUAAUACCUGUAACGUCACCCUGAUAUGCUCUGUAGAGAAAGGACAAAAGAAUGUCACGUACAGCUGGAGUCCCCUGGGAGAAGAAGGCAAUGUCCUUCAAGUCUUUCAGACUCCCGCAGACAAACAACAGACUUACACUUGUACAGCCUGGAACCCUGUCAGUAACAAUUCUGACUCUAUCUCCGGCCAGCAGCUCUGUGCAGACAUCACCAGGGGUUUGCAAACUCGCCACAGUGGAUUGCUGAGUAUGCUGGCCGUGUUAAUUCUGGCUGUCUUCAUUCUAAGUUCAGUGCUUCUGCUCCGUUGGUACAAGAGAAGGCAAGGUUCCCACUUGAAGGCCUUCACUAAGAGUUCUGAUGAUACCUCAAAGAAAACAAUAUAUGCAUACAUCACAACUUCAGGGGACACCCAGCCAACAGAGGCCAGGAUCUACGAUGAAAUCCCCCAGUUCAAGAUGUUGCCCUCUAAGGGAGGGCCAGUGGACAUGAUUGACUCCACAGUGCAAUACUCCAAGAAGGUUGAGGAGAGCAGCACACAGAAGAGCAAACCUCCCAGGACUUCAGGCUAUGAAAUUGUCGUCUAGGCUGGCAAGCAGCGCCCUCCCUCCAGAAAAUUAGAUACAACCAUUGAUAGUGGAAGAUGAGCCUGGAUAUAGAUCUUCCAUGUCCAGCUCUUAUGGGGAGAUUGGGAAUCACCACAUUCUAACAUGUAAGCAAAGUAGGCAGUUCUCUGCUGCUGGUCACAGCUUGUUCCCAGAUAGACACAUGGAUAUUCUAGACCUUUCUGCCUGGCUCCCUUCUGGAUGAGUAACAAGUUAAGUUUCCCCAGUAGGGUGCUUCUCAGAACUCCCCCUCAUCAAAGUACCUGUAGAAAAUAGUAUUUUUUUAAAUAAUAUACUUGGGCAAGCAAGGUUACCCUUCUUCUGGAGGGUACACACAGCCAAAGGACUCACAUUUGGAAGUGAUGAUCCUCUAUCCAGCAGCUAUGAAAAGAGAAGACCAAUAUUCUAUACACCUUUACCAUGCUAUGAGGCAUCAGCUAGGAUGCUCUGCUGACAUUCA